AAAAAAUUAAGGAAUUAUAAUGGCAUCGUUCCAACUGCAAACCUCUGUCGUCCUCCACUCGCAGUGGUCGCCGCAGCUCUCUUCCGAUUAUAAUGGGCGGCUGGCGGUUGGCGGCGCGUGCAGGGGGAGAGCCCGAUUCAUUGACCAUCUUCGUUGCAGCAGCAGCAGCAAUGCGGAAAAGGGUGUCCCGAAUUCAAACUACGUUGUGCCUCUGGACAAGACGUUUUCACCCUCCAACUCCUUCAUCACUCGCCCUCUCGUCGAAAUCCUGCGCGAUCUCAAUAAGCGUGUCCCUGAGAAUAUAAUCAACGCUCCUUCUAGCUCUUCUGCUUCUUCCACGUUCCUCCCUUGGUACCAUGCCAAUCGCAUGCUGAGCUUCUAUGCCCCUGGAUGGUGUGGAGAAGUACGUGAUGUGAAAUUCGCUGAUGAUGGAACCAUCACCGUUGUAUAUCGACUCACUAUACGGGGAUCUGAUGGAGAGGUGCAUCGCGAGUCUACUGGCACGGUAUCAUCCAGCGACAUUAACAUAUCGGAUCCUGUUGCUGCAGCGGAAGAAAUGGCUUUCUGCAGGGCAUGUGCUCGAUUCGGUCUUGGAUUGUAUCUUUAUCAUGAAGAAUAGAUGCUACGGAUAGCAUGGAGGUUGUUGACCUUCCAGAUAUAUGUUUGAGAAGUUUGGCUUGUACUUGAUCCCUGCUUUUACUGUGUAUU